GACGGUAUUCUGCUGUAGGGCUGCAACAGCUGACUGCCGAGCACUUUGCCCAGUGCCUCAAGGAACAAAGAGAGGAAGAAACAGCCAUCCAGAAUACGUGUUAUUAAUUUGUAUUCCCUUCAAAUAAUCAAAGUGCAGCGAGGACACGCGAUGAGGCACGCGGUCGCACCGGCAGAAAGCGUGGAAAAUAAUUCUUUUGCAGUGACAGACCUGUUAAAGAUAUGUACCCAUUGUGAACGGCUAAGCAAAAAGGACUUGGGAGUAAGGAUCCCAAGAACAUUAGGAAACGGACCAAGCAGAUUUAUCCCAGAAAAAGAGAUUCUUCAAGUCAGUAAAGUGGAUGCCAGGACACAGUCGAUAUUUGAGGAUGCUUUUGCAGCCCUCGGUCGCCUCGACAACAUUUCCCUGGUGAUGGGCUUCCACCCGCAGUACCUGGGGAGUUUCCUCCGGACACAGCACUACUUGCUGCAGAUGGACGGACCCCUGUCUUUGCACUACCGACACUACAUCGGCAUCAUGGCGGCAGCUAGACACCAGUGUUCCUACUUGGUCAACCUCCACGUGAACGACUUCCUCCAGGUCGGGGGCGAUCCCAAGUGGCUGAACGGUCUGGAUGAAGCCCCGCAGAAGCUGCAGCAGCUCGGAGAGCUCAACAAAAUCCUGGCCCACCGACCUUGGCUUCUCACCAAGGAACACAUCGAGCGCCUUCUGAAGGCGGAGGAGCACAGCUGGUCCCUUGCAGAGCUGAUCCACGCUGUCGUCCUCCUCACACACUACCACUCCCUCGCCUCGUUCACCUUUGGCUGCGGCAUCACGCCCGAAAUCCACUGCGAUGGCGGACACACUUUCAGACCCCCCUCCCUCAGCCAGUACUGCGUCUGUGACAUUGCCAACGGCAACGGUCAUGCUAAUCAUCAUGACGAUCCACUUGGCAACCAGGAGAUGUGUGGCGAGGUGGAGGUGCUGAUGGAGCGCAUGAAGCAGCUGCAGGAGUGCCGCGACGACGAGGAGGCCAGCCAGGAAGAGAUGGCGACUCGCUUUGAGAGGGAGAAGACGGAGAGCAUGCUGGUGGUCACAGCGGAGGACGAGGAGGGUGUCCCCUCCAGGGACAUCUCGCGACACUUUGAGGACCCCAGCUACGGCUACAAGGACUUCUCCAGGAGGGGGGAGCAUGUGCCCACGUUCAGAGUGCAGGACUACAGCUGGGAGGAUCACGGUUUCUCUCUGGUCAACAGACUGUACCCUGACGUCGGUCAGAUGCUGGACGAGAAGUUCCAGAUGGCCUACAAUCUGACCUACAACACCAUGGCAACACACAAGGAUGUGGACACCAGUAUGCUGCGCAGGGCCAUCUGGAACUACAUCCACUGCAUGUUCGGCAUCAGGUAUGACGACUAUGAUUACGGCGAGAUAAACCAGCUUCUGGAUCGCAGCUUUAAGAUCUAUAUUAAGACUAUGGUGUGUAGUCCUGAGAAGACCACCAAACGAAUGUAUGAGAGUUUCUGGAGGCAGUUUCAGCACUCCGAGAAGGUCCACGUUAAUCUGCUUCUCAUGGAAGCGCGAAUGCAGGCAGAACUGUUAUACGCUCUGAGAGCGAUCACCCGCUACAUGACAUGAAGUGCUUUUGGCGUUUUUAUCGUUGUCUUUUUACUGUCAUUGUUGUUGCUCAUUAUGGGACACUUCAAGAAAAAAAAAUCAAAGUGUGUUUAAGGGGGGGAUUCAACAAAAAAUGUGGAAGAGAUGUGAGAAGCCCUGGGUUGUGACGGUGCUUGUUGGAUGGAUGUUGGAGAAGAGGAUCAGAACAAAAUGAAAGCAAGAAAAUUAAAAAAAAAAAACUGUUGAAGAAAGUCAUCUCAAACUACAAGUGGAUACACACAAACUCUGUUUCCUGCAGUGCCAAAACUGACCAAGUGAGGGCAUCCUGGAGCAAACUCCUGCUCCGUUGGGGGAGUUUGUGCCAGGUCGAGCACUGAGACGCAUCCAGGACUUCAGUAUUCCAGCAUGCAACAUUUGUGUUUGUUGCCUGCUGGUCGAGUGAAGACCCACAGAAAACCCCCAGAAACUUUGAUUCACUGUUAUAUUUGUUAGUUUCUUUAAUAUCUUUUUAUUUCGUUUUGUAUCGAGGAAAGUGGAUGUCGUUGCUGUUAGUAGUAACUGGAGAUGGAAGCAUUAACUUUGGGCAAAUUUUUUUUUUUAACGUGUGCCUGAACUAUCCAGCACAGUGUGCAUACGUGCUGAUGCUGCUGCUCCCACGUUGUAUUCAGCGGGAUCAUAUUGAUCCCCAAAUCACCCCCCCAACCCCAUUUUAUCCCCCUAUCCAUCAGCAAUCCACUGCAUUACCCCUCAUCCCUCUUGUCCCUUACCCCCAUCCCAAAUUUCAAAUGUCAAUGUAAGCUAAUCCAAGGAGUGUGUGAAAACCAGAGAGGUGUGGAGGAAAACUCAAAGAACACUGUCUGAGCCCUUUUUGAGUGCGACUGUACACGCGUGGAUGAUGUUCAUAAUGACUGAGGUGUGUAUGUGUGCGUGUGUGUGUCACAGAAAUGACGGAGAAAAAAAUAUUUGAAUUUCAUGUGUCAAAAAAAAAAAAAAAGCGAGGCACUUUGAAGGAAAGACUUCUUGCUUCUGCUGUAGCUCUGUUAUUGUGAGAUAACUGUUUAUCAUUUGUUGAUGAUGAUGAUGUCUUUAUUUUUCUGGUAACGGGAGAAGAAAAAAAAAAAGCUAAUCAAAAAGAAAAGUUAGAAACCAGGUUUUCCAGGAGGGAUUUGCUUCCGGUUGCCCUAACCACACCUUAUCUGUCUUCCGCUUAUCCCAGCUGCCUGGUCAUCCUAACAACUUUCGAAGCUUUGGAUUGUGAAUUUACCAGUAAAUGAAUACCUCUUCUGUUUUCUCUAUAAGAAGUGCUCUUUGGUGAGCAGAGACUCUUUUUCGGGCUGCCGUGUUCCCCAUUGUUUGGGGACGCGGCGGGCCAUCACAGGGCCGACUGCGGUCGAUUAGCUGUCGAACGCAACAGGUUGUAGCUGUGCUUAUUUCCCUGCGGGGGAAGUCUAACCAGUGCAAAAGCAGCUUUUUUUAAAAAAAAUUUUGAACAGAGGUGUGAACCCUCUGCUGUUUUUGUUUUUUGUUUACUAAAACCAGUAAAGUACUGCAUUCUUCUGAGGGUGAAUUGAGAGAAUCAGACAUGAAUGAGUGAGGAGGAGGAGGAAGGCGAUGAUAAAAGAAUGGUACAUUUGGAAGUGGUUUUGAGAGGAAGUGGAGAUUUUUUUUUUCAAACUUCUGACUGAUGUCAGUUACUGACACUUUUUUAUAUGAAACUAUAUGAAAAAGAUGAAAAAAAAAUAAACUAUGAUAUUGAA